GCACUGUCUUCCUGCAGAAAGCAUUUUUUCAUUUUCAUUUCGAGCGCAUAAGACACACGGUUGAAGCACAGAUUCGUUGCUAUCGAAGUCUUUGACCUCCAUGCUUACCUUUUUCUCAAUGGUCCAUCAACAUGGCCGACGCUAAAACAAACUCGAGUCGUCGUAACUACCACGAACCGCUUCCAAUAGCGGUUGUUGGCCUGGCAUGCCGCUUCCCAGGCGAUGCCACUUCUCCCACUGAAUUCUGGAAUUUUAUAUGCAAUGCGCGGACUGCCCUCACUGAAAUCCCGAAGGACCGUUUCAACAUUGAUGCUUUUUACCAUCCUAGCCCGGCGAGGCAGGGCGCUAUCAAUGUCCGUGGAGGCUAUUUUCUUAAAGAGGACAUUGCUGCGUUUGAUGCACCAUUCUUUUCCAUGACAGCAGAGGAAGCUGUAUGUACCGACCCACAACAGCGCUUACUUCUGGAAACAGCCUACGAGAGCAUUGAAAAUGCUGGAAUUCCUAUAUCAGAAAUCGCGGGUACCGAGACUUCAUGUUAUGUCGGAACUUUCAUGAAGGACUACCAGCAGAUCAGUGCUUAUGACUCAGAGGAUCAACCCGGCUAUGGUGCCACUGGCCAUAGUAGUGCGCUACUUGCUAACAGAAUCUCUUGGUUUUUCGACUUGCGCAGCUCCAGUGUCACCAUCGAUACGGGAUGUAGUGGAUCGACAGUUGCAUUUCACCAUGCUUGUGAAAGUCUACGAACUGGGGAGGCAAAAAUCGCGCUUGCUGGUGGAGUAGGAGCCCUCUUAUCGCCUGACCCGAUGGUAUCAAUGGUUAGCUUCAACUUCCUCAGCCCAGACAGCAAAUGUUAUUCCUUCGACCAUCGUGCGAACGGAUAUGCGCGCGGAGAGGGAUUUUCAGUGCUUGUUCUGAAGCCUCUGAGCGAUGCCAUCCGUGACAACGACAACAUUCGCGCCGUAGUCCGCGGCAGCGCAGUCAAUCAAGACGGAAGAACCCCCGGAAUCACGCUUCCCAGUACAGAAGCCCAGGUUAGGUUGAUCCGAUCGGCAUACCAGAAAGCCCGCUUGCCUUUGGAUCAAACCAGGUACUUCGAAGCCCACGGUACUGGCACAAGCGCGGGUGAUGCCGCAGAGCUUCGAGCGAUCGCGAAAGCGUUUGGCCACUGCCGCACUGUGGCAGAGCCAAUGCUUGUAGGCUCUGUUAAGACGAACAUUGGUCAUCUAGAAGGGUGCGCAGGGCUCGCUGGGAUACUGAAGACAAUACUGUGCCUCGAAAACGGAGUCAUACCUCAAAACCUGUGGUUCGAAAAGGCGCACCCAGACAACAACCUUGAUGAGUUCAGGAUCAAGAUACCACAAAAGCUCACACCCUGGCCUUCUAGCAAUGGAGUCCGCAGAGCCAGCGUCAAUUGCUUCGGGUUUGGCGGGGAAAGUGCCCACAUAAUCCUAGACUCAACCGAAAGCUUCCUUGGGCAACAUCACGCAAAUUCUACACCUUCCAGUCGGUCUGGAUCGGGAUCGAGUUCGGGUUUUGAGAUGAUCGACUUUCCUGGCACAGUGACAACAAAUGAGCAGCCGCGUUUGUUCAUCUGGUCAUCUCCAGAGUCUAACGGUGUCUCUAGAACACUCAAAGCACAAUCGGAAUACUUAUCUAGCAAAACAGAAACCACGGCCGAUUCUCAGAGUUUUGUGAGGGAUUUAUCCUACACGCUGUGUCAUAGAAGAUCAAUAUUCCCUUGGAGAUCUACUAUCGUUGCUGGAUCACUAGAGGAGCUACUUCACAAGCUUCAAAAGGAUGUCCGAGAACCUUGCAGAUCUUUGGACUCUCCAAGCCUGACAUUCGUAUUCACUGGCCAAGGCGCGCAAUGGCAUGCCAUGGGGCGUGAGCUUUACAGCUACGAUGCGUUUCGACGAAGUUUGCAGCAAGCUGAUGCUCACAUGUCCUCAAUUGGGGCUGAAUGGUCCAUUGUCGACGAGCUUUUCAUAAAAAGCAAAGAAGAGACAAGAGUGAAUGAUGCGCAAUACGCUCAGCCACUCUGUACUGCUUUACAACUGGCAACAGUCGACUUGCUUCAAACCUGGAACAUCAAGCCCACUACGGUUGUAGGACAUUCAUCUGGAGAAAUCGCGGCGGCAUAUGCAGCUGGAGUUCUCAGCCACAAGGACGCUUUGAUUGUUGCGUACCAUCGCGGGCGUCUUUGUAGCACUGCUUAUCAUGGGAAUGAUGGUUCAUCAGGGGCCAUGCUCGCAGUUAACCUAUCCCGAGAAGAAGCGGAAGCGGAGAUCGCCAAAGUAACCCAAGGCAAGCUCGUGGUGGCUUGCUUAAAUGGACCAAGGCAGAUCACUCUUUCUGGUGAUGCUUCUGCCAUUGAGGAAGCCAUAGCAAUUCUCACUUCGCAAGAUAUAUCAUCCAAGCGGCUCCUCGUCGACCAUGCCUACCACUCUUCUCACAUGAAGCGCAUUGAAUCAGAGUACUUAAAGUCUCUGAAGGGAAUCGCACCCCAAACGACAUUCUCAAAACUCCCUAGGAUCUUCUCCACUGUAUAUGGCAAAAGAGUCACAACUCAAGAAUUUGGGACGCCCAACUAUUGGGCUCAAAACUUGGUCUCGCCUGUACAGUUUUAUCCAGCCAUGCAAAGACUUCUGAGAGAACACUCUUGCAAACCCGAUGCGAUUGUGGAAUUGGGCCCACACAACGUUCUGAGAGGCUAUAUCGCGCAAAUCGCUGCCUCGAUCCAAGCCGGAGCUCCUCUGUACACCUCUGUAUUACAAAGGGGCAAAAAUGCGAAAGAAACAGCUCUCAGCAUGGCCGGCGAUCUAUGGUCGAAAGGCUUCCCGGUCGCCUUGAAGAGGCUCUCCGAUGCGGUUGAUGAGUCCCUACGUCUCCUGAAAGAUCUCCCAAGCUACCCUUGGAAUCAUUCAAAAACAUACUGGCAUGAAGCACGCGCUAGCAAGGCUUAUCGCUUUCGGAAGUACCCACGACUCGAUUUGCUAGGUGGGCCGACCCCAGAUUCAACAAAUUUGGAUCACCGUUGGCGGAACAUUAUCCGGGUCAAGGAACUUCCAUGGGUUUGCGAUCAUCGCGUCCAAAACACGAUUCUCUAUCCAGGCGCUGGGAUGAUUACCAUGGUCCUCGAAGCUGCCAGGCAAUUCGAAAGCGAUGAUUCCCCUGCGACCGGGUAUGAACUCCACGACGUGAAAAUCGGAACAGCUAUGGUCAUUCCAAAUGCACAUCAUGGUUUAGAGACCAAACUACGGAUCCUUCCAGAGACGGGAUUCGAAGAUAAAGGUGCUAAAAGGUACAACUUUGCCAUUUCGUCCCGCAUUCAGGAUGAAGCAUGGCGAGAAAAUUGCACUGGAGCUUUGUCCAUCCUGUAUGACGACAAUAAUGAGGCUUCCGCCAACUGGUCGAUCCAAAAAGGAACAUUAUCCAAAGCUUCCGCAGACUGUAGGACUGAAUUGGCACCUAACAGCCUGUACGAAAAGUUCGAGAAAGCUGGUCUUGAAUACGGGCGGCUCUUCAGAAACAUAACAGAGCUUAGGACAGACGGUCUUCUCACUUGUUCAUCCAUCAGCAUUCCAAACACGGCCGCAGUUAUGCCAAUGUCUUAUGAGCACGCUCAUCUGAUCCACCCAGCAUGUUUAGAUUCAAUGUUCCAAACUGUUGUGAUGUCAGCUUCGGAUGCUAUGGUACCGACAUCUAUAAAAUACUGCUUUGUCGCCGCCGAUGUUCCCAAAGGUGCCGGAUCCAAAUUCCAGGGCUACACCGAAGUGUCCACAAGUGGCCUGCGGAGUACAAUGGGCACGAUUGUGAUGACUGACUCGCAAAUGAGCGGCCCAAAGGUGGUGUUGGAAGGCGUUGGUUUCACGUCCUUGACAAGCGCACAAGUGGGUGACGCUGACUCCGCGAACUUUGCCAGGAUGAGAUCAAAGAUUUGCAGCGGUUUCCGGUGGAAGGAAGAUGUCACUUUGCUCACUCCCGAGCAGCUCAAAGACUUCUUGGACCGGAAGCGAACACCGGUCGAUAAAGUUGUCGACUUUUUCGAUCUAGUUGGACAUAACAACCCCGAGGCCGCCAUUCUCGAAAUAGGGGGUGGUCCAAUCCACAUGGCUGACAACAUUCUGCGGAAACUAUGUGGCUCAGAAGGCAACACACCCCGCUUUUCUCGUUAUGUGUGGACAUCGAGUAACCACAAAGCCCUCAGUUAUGCGUCCGAAGGCCUCAGUCAUUGGAAGUCCGUGAGCUUCAAAAAUCUCGAUUUCAACAUGGAUCUCGCAAGCCAGAACUUUAACGAUGGAGCUUAUGACGUUGUUCUUAUGCCAUUGGGUUUCCUCGAUGCGAGUGAUACAACAGAAGUAUUCCAGAAGAUAAGGAGGCUUUUGCGGAUUGGAGGCCGGCUUCUGCUUACAGAGACAUUGGAGACGCACGAAUCCACUAUCUCAUCAGGUCCAAAGAUCAACCCAGAGAAGAUGGACUAUGAAAUGGAACAGUCAUCCCCCAGUGGUGAAAUCCCAAUCAGAAAACGCAAAACAUCUCCUAUCGAGCUGAGUCUCUCAACGAACGCCGCCUACAAGAGAUCACGAGACUGUCAACUGCCUUUCUAUAGAACUAGUGGUUUAGACAAACUUCUGCGACACAAUGAUUUCAGUGGCAUAGACUUUCAGCUAGCAGCGGAUUCGAACAGCAGCACAACCGACACUGAUGUUGCUGGCUUUCUAUCCCAGUUGGUCGUAUCUACCGCCCAAGCUGAGGGGAUAGUCAACAAAGAAGUGCUUAUCAUCGACUCAGUACAUAAUCCAAACAGUAUCGGAAUUAUAGCAAUAAAGUUGAUGCGGCAGCUUUCUUCCUUCAACAUACAUUGGCGAGUAGCGUCGCUAGAGGAGGCUGUAUCCGAUAUCGGGGGUCAAAAGCUCUGCAUUUCACUACUUGAGGUUGAGAACAUAUUCCUACACGGUUGCUCCGAGAAGGACUUUACGCUUUUUCAAAAACUGCUCCGAACUUCGGGCGGGCUUUUAUGGGUUACGAAGGGCGCCCAACUUGAGACUCCCAGGCCAGGUCUUGCUCCAGUGAUGGGCGUCUUCAGAUCUGCACGCUCAGAAGAUUCCGGUCUUGCCUUGCACACCCUUGACCUUUCUACGAAAAAGUCAGAUCCCUUGGUCUGUGCAAAAGCUAUCGCCAGAACCUUCACUGCCAUUUUUGGUUCGAAGACAAAGGUGGAAGAAUAUGAAUUCGCAGAACGCCGUGGCGUAAUCUAUAUUCCGCGGAUAAUAGAGUACAAGAAAAUGAACAAAGCGGUACUUCAGCAAUGUGGCACAGCUCCUCCUGUGCUAGAGAAAUACGGUACCCGGGAGACGCCUCUGGAUCUUGUCGUUGGCACAGUUGGAGAUCUAAAGAGCUUGCACUUUGUUCAUGGGGAACGUCCAGAACAACUCACAGAGAACAAAGUAGAGGUCCGCGUUGAAGCGAAUGAUGUGAGCUUACAGGAUGCUCUCACGGUUAUAGGACAAACCUCAACUGCGGAACUCGGUUUUGGAUUUGCCGGCGUGGUUAGUCGCAUUGGCUCUAAUGUCGACAGAAUCAAUAUUGGAGAUAGGGUGAUGGCUUUGUGCCGCGGCGCAUACCGAAGCACUUUGUGCGUCCCUCAAGAGAUGGUCCAGCCGAUUCCGGAUUCAAUAUCUUUCGAAGUUGCUGCUUCUCUACCGGUGGAUUAUGCCACUGCUCACUAUGCGCUCAACGUCGUCGCGCGGCUUCAAGGGAUUGACACGAUACUUGUACUCGAUGCAGCAAAUGGAUUGGGUCAAGCAGCAGUACGGCUUGCCAGACAAUGUGGAGCAGAAAUCUUCGCAACAACAGAAGUUGAAGAGGAACGUGAAUUGCUUCGCACCAAGCAAUGCAUUCCCGAAGACCAUAUUCUCGACAGCCGCCCAUCAUAUUUCACAUCUUCUAUCAAGCAAAUAACAAACGGGCGAGGAGUGGACGUGGUAUUUAGCUCCGUCACCGGAAGUGCUCUCCAAAGAGCAACAGAAUGCGUCACCCAUUUUGGUCGCUUCUUGCAAGUCUACAAAACUAGACAAGCCAGGCAGUCAGCUCCUGUUUUUGAUUUCAAAGACCGCAACGUCACUAUCAGUUUCGUGGACUUGGAGAACAUUUGGACUCGCAACCCUGCGUUAUGUGCGUCGCUGCUCCACGGCCUUCAAACAACCUUUGAAUCAACAUUCAGCCCUCCUCCGCUCAACGUGUUCCCUUGUUCUGAUCUUGAGGGAGCAUUCCGCCAAGCUUCAGAUGGAGAUUGCAAGAGUAAAACCAUCCUGAAAUUGAACAAAGAUGCCAUGGUCCCUAUAAUGCCAUUGAACGAGCAUCCAUUGCGUCUGGAGCCCACCGCUACGUACAUCAUAGUGGGCGGGCUGGGUGGUAUAGGGCAAAGUGUUAUGCGAAUGCUGGUCAAACAUGGAGCAAGAAACCUUGCUGCCAUGUCUCGCUCCGGCAUUGCUUCGGAGAAGGAUAGCAAAUUCUGCGAAGAACUGAGGAGUGAUGGAGCGGUCGUGCGAGUGUAUCGAUGCGAUAUUUCGCAGGAAAAGUCCUUGAAAAUGACACUGGCCCAGAUGGCUCACGACGAGAUGCCACCAAUCAGGGGUGUCAUCAACAGCGCCAUGGCACUCAAGGAUGUUCUUUUCGAAAGCAUGUCGCAUGCUGAUUACCUCACUGCAACCAAUCCAAAGAUUCUGGGAAGCUGGAAUCUGCAUAAGUUGUUACCACCGGACCUUGACUUCUUCGUCAUGUUCUCUUCAGUUGCUGGGAUAUCUGGAACCCGUGGCCAAGCUAACUACGCCGCCGGAAACGCUUUUCAAGUGGCCCUGUGUCAGCACCGACGUGCUUUGGGGUUAAAAGCAGUUGCGCUAGACCUCACAAUUACUGUUGGGCUCGGAUUUGUGGCAGGCAAAGAUGAUUUGAUGCAGAUGUUGAAGAGAAUGGGGGUUCUGACGAUUUCGGAAGAGGAGCUUCAUGCCCUUGUGGCAAAUGCCAUUACAGGUUACAGUACAGGCUUGUCCGUAGUACAUCCAGAGGUAAUGGUAGGGAUUAGCACCGGUGGGAUGCUACAGCACAAUCGCAUAGACGAGCCGAUGUGGAAUCACGACAACCGUUUUGCCUACAUGCGAAAGAUAGAUGUCGUUUCUGACGAAUCCUUUUCGGAUACUUCACUGCCAUCCUUACGCACUGCCCUUCCGGCAGCUGGAAGCUUGAUGGAAGCGAGAAACAUCAUUAUCGCUGCACUGGCUACGAAAUUGGCCAGAAGCUUGAUGAUGCCUGUCGAAGACAUGGAUACAUCGAAGCCAGUGAACGCGUAUGGCGUCGACUCACUUGUCGCUGUCGAGAUUCGCAACUGGAUUUUCAGAGAGAUACGUGCAAAUGUUAGCAUCUUCGACCUUCUGAGCAACAUCGCAAUCUCAGAGCUUGGAGAGAACAUUGCUAGGGGAAGUGAGCUGGUAUCAAAAGAGUUACUUGCCUGAAUACUUGAUAGCAGCUAAGAAGUUGGCGGGAGUCCGGAUUUUAAUGGGCCAUGAUGAUUUCCCAAUCUAGAAAAUGUAAUCCUAUAACUGCUUU